AUGUUGGCCAACGAUGCCGCCUGCAAGUCCAAACCUCAAGCAUUUUUCUGCAAUAGCUUGAUUGUGAACGGAUCUGAGCUCUACACCGUGAAAAUACCCAGAUUCGGUUCUAUCUCCAAUGGUGAAUCAGAUUGCAGAGAUUUUGAUGCUUUCGUAAAGCUUCAAUCCAAUUGGGAUAAGACUAUAGCGAGUCAUAUCAUAAAGGUUCAUGCGUCUGCUGGUGCAACACUGGGUGACGGUAGAGUAGUUUCUAAAGAAGAGAACUGGCUGAAGAGGUACAUACAAUAUUGUCGAACUGAAUGUCACCCCCGCUUAUCAGAAACUGCAUCGAGAGAGCUGCAGAGUAAUUACGUGAAAAUCAGACAGGACAUGAGACAGCUAGCGAAUGAAACAGGGAAGGCCGCAGCAGUGCCAAUCACCGUAAGGCAGCUUGAAGCUAUAGUGAGGUUGAGUGAGGCCCUUGCAAAAAUGCAACUGCGCCACGAAGCUACUGAGAAGCAUGUUCGUGAAGCAAUAAGACUAUUCAAUGCAGCCACAAUGGACGCGACGGCUAUCGGCCUUGACACUUCCGAAAUUACCAAGAAAAUUCUCACUGAGACAUUAUCACAAACAGUUGAUAUGCUGGAAAGAAAACCAGUAAUCGAAAACAAAACCUGA